AUGUCCUGGGGCACUAAAAAGAAAGGUCUGACCAAACAAAUCAAAGAACUGUUGGCUGACAUUCUGUCCUUUACCUCACCCCAGCGUAUGCAGGUUUUGAAGCUUUUCAGAGCAUUGCACAGAACACGGCAACAGGUUUUUAAAAAUGAUGCCAGAGCCCUAGAAGCUGCAAGACAAAAGAUAAAUGAAGAAUUCAGAAACCAUCAAGAUGAGACCUCUUCUGAAAGAAUAGCAGAGCUUAUGAAAAUAGGUUCAGAUGUUGAAGUUCUACUCAGAACAUCUGUUAUACAGGGACUUCACACCGGUUCUGACAGUCUGAUGCUUAUACCCAGGAAAGAUCUGCUACUAGACAAUGUUCCUUACUGUGAUACUCCACCACGAAAGCUUUGAACCUUCAAGGAAUAAAGUACAUCUUUUUUUAUUUUCUUUUUUCUCAAACCAAAAUUAAUUUCCUGGAACAAAAUCCCUGAAAACAAGUAGCUGAAAUCUCUGUGUUCAGACUAAAUUUAGAAAAUAUUGAAUCCUUUUGGCAGGAAACAAAGAUUAACUCAAUCCACUGAUUGUACUCUGAACUGGGAAGGUGUGUUUGAGAGAAGCAAGAUUAAUGUCGUGUUUCUUCUCUUCAUUGGGAAGGAUUACAUUUCCAUAGAAACUAAAGUCCUAUAUUGUUUUCUAAAAAUAUCCUAGAUGUACUCUUUUAUCUCUGCCAGCACUGGGUAUUGUCAAGUCUGAAAAAAAGACUCCAGAGAAAAUGUUUCAUUGUCUUUCGGAGGAUUUGCAAAGAUAAAUAAUAAUAAUUACAAAUAGAAGUAGAGUGUUUAGUCCUGAAAAUAUUUAUUUAUAAAUUCAAAUAUAUUGACAAACUGCUGCAAAAUAAUGGUGAAAAACAUUCUAUAAUGUCUAGUUAUCUUUUUAAUUAUAAAUUGCACCACAGACCUGUUUUCUGAAAUUGUCAUUAUCUGUACAAUAGUGCACGGGUAGAUUAUGAGAGGGUUUUUAUAAGGCACAUCUAAAUAAAUUAUCAGCCUUUACAGAUAGGACAAUGAGUCUGUGUUUAUAUUUUUAAUGUGCAAGGGUGACACAAGACUGUAUUGGGUUUGACUGUUUGGAUCACACUGGAGCAAGGAAACUUAGUCAGCCUAACAAAUUGUACUAUGUUAAUUAGACCAAAAAGAACUUGCAUGUUAUGACCAUAGAUUGAUUUACUGAGGCAUUUGUCAAAAAUAGAGGCUGGUCACAUUCAAAGUGGUGAUCAGUAAAAACAUGGCUGUGUAUGCAUUUUAUUGCCAGAGCCAAUAAUUUUAGUUUCAAAAAAUAAUUAAUUGGAAUAACCUGAUAUAAGUAUUGUCAGUGAGGGAGAUGCAACCCACCAGUAUUUGAUAGAUACAUUUUGAUAGAGGAAAUGAUGGGGGGAUCUAGUCAGUUUAUUCAAAUGAAUGUGGUAGCAAAACUAACUACAUAAAAUGUAAAAUGUUCACUCUGAUUCACAAAAUUGCCUUAUUCUGUCAUUCUUCAAAUUAGAAAGUAGUUGUACAUUAACAAUCUAUUUUAUUAUACUUUUUUAGAAAUGAAAAUUCAAUCUGAAAUUAUUUAAUAAGCAAGUGUCAAGCAACCUGAUUUGCUGACAUUAUCUUAUUUAAAGUAAUUUUUAUUCAACCUGCAUCACCUUAUUUCAUUUUUUAAAAAGAGCCAUCUAGUUCUUGCUGUUUAACUAGCUGCUAUGGGCCAAUUGACUUCACUUUGACUUGGAGCGGGUCCUGCUGAAAGUAUACAUCAAUGUUUGUAUAUAUAAAAAACCUACUGAUAUCAACAGUAGAUGGCAGUCUUCCAUAUAUAUUAAGGAACUGUACACAGUGCAAGUAAAAAUAGUUUUUGUAAGACGAUAUCACUCUAAACUUGUGCGUAUUCUGCCACUAUGCACAUGUCUGUUUGUUUAGUCCUUGAUAUGGAAUAGAAAUCAACCCAUACUUAAACUGAUCAGUAUGCUGUCAAUGUGUCAUCAUUAUUGAAGUGUGCACUCCCUUGAAAGGAAACAUACACCUUAAUGGGUCCUCUAAUGUAGUGAGUCCCCACACUGUUGAGUAAAGAUGGUUCCAGAUUGUGUCCCUCAGAUCCACACCUAAAGAGGUCCCUCUGCAUGGAUCUCCUACUUGCAGUGCACAAAAGUGGCCAUUUCCCUUGACUCUGCAGAUAGCCGUCUGUGUAGUAUCUAUGGCUGCUGAAAGGACAGAAGGACUGAGGGGAGAUUCAUUGUUUUUCCCCAUGCUUGUGAAGAAUAUCUGGAAAACCCUAAAUAUGUAUGACAUUUUCUGUGGUCCUCUUCUGUGCAGUGCACUCUCACUCCAGGAGUGAAAAGGCCAGGGGCAGCUGCUGGUAAAGGAAGACCUGGUAUGUGGUUCCAGUGAAGCUGGAAGGCAACUCAGCACUAACGAGGAGGUACAGGACCACCUCAUGGUGGCCCAAACCUUCUGUUUGUUCUUUGGUUUGGGUGGAUGAAUAACUUUCCCUCAUCCUUGUGAAACAGUUGGGGAAAAUUCAGUGGGACAGAUUAGCUGAUCUUAGGGGACUAAUGCAGGGAGAACCUAACCAAUAAUCAAAUAUCAUGGAACUGCAGAUUCAGCAUCAUAUUCCAGACAUGGUCAUCAUCAUGCAUGGAAUUCCAUGAGCACACUGUGUACCUCAGUUUCCUUAUAUAUUGUAAUAUAUAUAAAACUCUAGAGCUGUUUUUCCCUGAAUAAUAUAUAUCGCUGAAACCCCUCUGAGUUUUGCCCUUGGUUUAAUGGACAUAGGUUUGCAAGAAGAAUUGUAUCAGUGAAUUCUGCUUAUGGUUCUACUGCAUUAAAAUUACAUGCUCCUUGCUGUCGCCAUAUAUUCCUGGGCAGUGGACCCACAGUGAAGUUUCAAAUGCAAGGAGGAAAGAAAUCAGUCUUGACAUACAGUGCUGUUAAUGCAGAGCAUUGCCAAACCCUAUUGGUUGCUCUUGAGUCUUAAAUGAGAAUUGAAACCCAGAACUGGUUUUGAGUAGGCAGGUGACUCUCAAAAGGUCUGUGAGCAGAGCAGGCCCUAGACCAAAUGAUGCCCCAGGCAAGGAGCAUCUUUGGUGCCCCCUCCCCUCCCCCCCGCACCAUUUGUUA